UUGCGUUUUCUCAAGUCUAGGUUUUUAGGCGGAUUUUCCAGUUUCAUUCGAUGUGUUUACCAAGCAAAGCGAGUCAAUAAUAAUACAGUUACGCUUGUGUAUAAAGAGGAAUGGGAUGAAAUUUUAAUUGCAGAUGCGAACGCGAUCAAGGCUGCUGUGAACAUGGGUGUUGUCCUAAAGAUCAACAUUGGUGCAUCAAUUCUCCUUACCCACUUGCAGGUCCCAGUAAAUGAAACUUUUAGGAUGGCGGGUGUGUACGUGCUCUUAGCAUUCGUUCUCUUGGUAUUUGUCGUUGGUACAGUUCUGAUGAUUGUCUGCUAUCAAAGAUCGAAAAAUAAGCAGCGUAAAGAACAACGACAAGCCAUGGAGUACGGUGGAUACGCAGGUUCACAGGUUGGCGUACCCGGCGCGUACUCCUCUUAUGGCGGGCCCACAUACUAAUU